AAUGAAAUUCUUCGUGACUACAUGAUUGAUGAAAAAAUGUGGAAAAAAUACUUUGAUCACUGCAUAAAUCUGCUUAGGAAACGUAUCGAUAAUAAAACUACAAAAUCUGUGUUCUUUAUGGCAAGCGAGGACACUGAGUGGCUAAAAAAAAACUUCGGUCAAGAACCAGAUAUUGCAUUUCCUGGAGAUAUUUCAAAUCUUCCAGGUUCUAAAAUGCCCCCAAGAGAUUUGUUUUUGAUUUCAAUAUGUGAUCAUCUGAUCAGAUCAUUUGGAACUUUUGGACUGUGGGGAGGAAUGUGGACCAAAGGAACAGUGAUGUAUGCUUAUACAGGAACACAUAUUAAUACUGAAGAGCAUUCUAUUCGUGUCAACAGUUCAAGUUGGGAAGCUAUCGACUUAAAUCAAUUCAGAACCAAAAACAACAAAAGUGGAAAAUCAAACUAAAGUCUAAUUGCCAUUUUUUUGGGAAAUCUGAAACUUUUGACUUUUUUAAUGUGCUUCAAAAAAUAUAUUCAUAUUUAUCCACCUGUUUAAGUGAAGAGAAGCAGACAAUAAUAUUUUUCCCAAAUUUAAACAAAAGUGAAUGCAAUCAUGGUAAGUUACAUUGCAUUCCUACUUUUAGAGUUGCAAUAUAAAUAUCAUGGAUUCAUAGAGUAAUAGUUUUGAUUGUAAUAGUCAGUUAUAACUAUGUAUUUCAUCAUUUGCAGGGAGGUAAUAGUGAAAAUAUAUUUAAAGGAGGGAAUACUACAUUUCGUUGGUUUCCAUGGACCUAGUUGGUCAAAGUAUCUCUAUAGAUAGUUGAGAACCCAACAUGGGAAACUCUCAGCAUUGUAAUAUUCCCUUUUACAGGGGGCCCCAAUAAACAUUGGAAAUAAGUGAAAACUUUAAUAUCAUCUUCAAUCCAUGUGGCAUUUUUUCAUGAUCAUAAUUAUUGCAGUGUUCCUGCUUAAUCAUCUUAAUACUAAACACUUGGU